GCAGAGAAAACUCCCGAAGCCCGGGAGGGGGCUUGAAAGUGCCUCAGGCCAUAUUGGGGGCGUCUGGAUGCCAGAGCGGCUGAGCCCCGCCCACGCCGUCUUCUGGGGCUCCGGGGGAGCGCCCGGGCCUGCCGCGGCCUUCGCGGCUCCCAAACCUGCAGCCCCGGCUGCCUGUGACACUGACUCCAAGUCCUCGGUCCAGCUUUCGACGAGGCCCCAAUCCCAACCACCAGGGGCCACGUCCGGCAGGCCCCACCACGGCGCCGCACUCCAGCGCUCCCCCGCGGCCGCGAGUGGUGCGGCCCGGCCCCGCCUCCGACGCCCGCGAGGGGCGUGGUUCUCAACGCCACGUGACGGGGAGUGACCUAGCCUCCCGGCGCCAUGGGGGCUUCGGACCCGGAAGUGGCGCCCAGGGCUCGCGGCGGCGCCGCGGGGAUGGCGGGAGCAGGAGCUGGAGCUGGAGCUCGCGGCGGAGCGGCGGCGGGGGUCGAGGCCCGGGCUCGGGAUCCGCCGCCCGCGCACCGCGCACACCCGCGCCAUCCUCGGCCUGCAGCGCAGCCCUCCGCCCGCAGGAUGGACGGCGCGUCCGGGGGUCUGGGCUCCGGGGACAACGCCCCGACCACCGAGGCUCUUUUCGUGGCGCUGGGCGCGGGUGUGACCGCACUUAGCCACCCGCUGCUGUAUGUGAAGCUGCUAAUCCAGGUGGGGCAUGAGCCGAUGCCCCCCACGCUUGGGACCAAUGUGCUGGGGAGGAAGGUCCUUUACCUGCCGAGCUUCUUCACCUAUGCCAAGUACAUUGUGCAAGUGGACGGGAAGAUCGGGCUGUUCCGGGGCCUGAGCCCCCGCUUGAUGUCCAACGCCCUCUCCACUGUGACUCGGGGCAGCAUGAAGAAGGUUUUCCCUCCUGAUGAGAUCGAGCAGGUUUCUAACAAGGAUGACAUGAAGACCUCCCUGAAGAAAGUAGUGAAGGAGACGUCCUACGAGAUGAUGAUGCAGUGCGUGUCCCGCAUGCUGGCCCACCCCCUGCAUGUCAUCUCAAUGCGCUGCAUGGUCCAGUUUGUGGGACGGGAGGCCAAAUACAGUGGUGUGCUGAGCUCCAUUGGGAAGAUUUUCAAAGAGGAGGGCCUGCUGGGAUUCUUUGUUGGCUUAAUCCCUCAUCUCCUGGGCGAUGUGGUUUUCUUGUGGGGCUGUAACCUGCUGGCCCACUUCAUCAAUGCCUACUUGGUGGAUGACAGCUUCAGCCAGGCCCUGGCCAUCCGGAGCUACACCAAGUUUGUGAUGGGGAUCGCAGUGAGCAUGCUGACCUACCCCUUCCUGCUGGUCGGAGACCUCAUGGCUGUGAACAAUUGCGGGCUGCAGGCUGGGCUCCCCCCCUACUCCCCAGUGUUCAAAUCCUGGAUUCAUUGCUGGAAGUACCUGAGUGUGCAGGGCCAGCUGUUCCGCGGCUCCAGCCUGCUUUUCCGCCGGGUGUCAUCAGGAUCGUGUUUUGCCCUGGAGUAACCUAAACCACCUGACCAAACUCCUAGUCUCAGCCUGGCCCUUGGGUGAGGCCGGUCAUUUCGGGAUACCUGUAGGGAGACUGCAGCCCAGCGACACCUAGGUGUACCCCAGCCCGGCUGGGCUACAGUUUUCUUAUUGGCCAUGUGUCUCUUGAGGUGUGGGGUUGCGCAGGGGUGGGCUGCACCCAGUGGGUGGGGUCACCUGUUAGACCUGGAGAAGGGGGGGUGGGGAGUUGAGGCAUCAUUCCCUGACUUCCCAGAGUCGGCCUUGUACAGAGCCAGAGAAAGGCUUGUGGAGCCAGGGUGGUUGAGGGAAGCCUAAUGGAGUCGGUCCCACCCACUUGCACCCCUCCAGGGAGCCCGGCCCUCACUCUGCAGCUCGGCUGGGAGUGUCUCUCUCCUGCUUUGUAAAUAGGGCAUGACCCCUUCACGAGGCCGCCAUCAUGACUGGGCCUAGGCUAGAAGGCCAGUGCCAGGUUCUGCCUUGGUUUUCUCAACACUACUUUUCUGAUUCGAGGGCAGCGCCUUUUUCUGAGUUGGAAAUCAUGCGACUCUUCAGAAUGUGUCCCCCUCAUCUAAUGCUUGUCUGUUUAAUGGUGACACCUCAUGUGCAGGAUUCGGUUACCUGUGCAGUUGUGGGAAUGUCUCUAGCCCUACCCAGUAUAAAAGUUCAUGGUAAGAUUUGACCCCACCUCCCUCAAAUAAAUGUAUUGGUGGUGAUUUGGA